AACCUAACUCCCCGGAUGUGUACCACAGAUGUACGAUCACUUGACUUCGGCUUGAAGUUGAACUCGCAAACUUCAAAGCAUGUUAAAUGAAUUACAGUUUCUGAUAGCAUUUAGAAACUUCCGUAGAAACCAUUGUUGUCCUUUGGAAUUUUACUAAUGGUCCUGUAGAACAAUUUGAUAGUGCAUAUAAUGGGGAAGGAGUUAAAGAGAAAAAAUUGGAUCCAUGCAUGUUCAUGCAUUAGUGUUGAAUUUAUCGUUUUAUUUAAAAUUACCAUUAUAUUGAAAUGCGUUUUAUGCCCACAGGCAGUGCAGUUCACAUAGUUUUACAAACUUGAAUGGUUUAUGACAAGACUUGAAGGGCAUUUUUGGUCAUUUUUAUCACACAAUUAGUGACUUUGAAAGAUUGAGAGUAGAAAUAAAGAAAGUAGAGGCAGUCUAGAGCAUGCAGAACAAGUUGUUAAAGGUUAAGCAAGCCACAGCUAAGGCAACAGAAAUAUAAUGAAUAUAGUAUAUAAAAUUUUCAAUUACAUUCAUGUUGGUAAUUAUAAUUGUUAAUGUGCAUGCUGGGUAAUUAAAAGUGAUCUAAAUCUAGCAAGAACUCAAUACAGUUGUUCAUAAUUUGAUAUAAAACCCUGGGAGAGAGCUUAAAAGGCUGUUUCUGCUGUUGUAUCCCAUUCAAGUACUGAGCAUGCUGAGUAUUUGGUAAAUAGAUAUUGUUUAAUUUGCUGAUCAAAGCAUGAAUAUUACAAAAUAUGUUUGUAGCUAUGCUUGCUCAAAUGGUAGCACCAUCAGAAUAUUAUAUUCCUGAAUUAAUGCUUUCUUCCAUAACCAUAUUCUUCUCUGUGAAAUAUAUCCAUAAAUUGAGAUAUUAUGCAAAAACAAAGCUAGACAAUGUAUAUUGCCGCUUCGGUAGCAUAUACUAUGGUCACAACUUAGCCUACAUCCCACACCUCGAAGUAUACUCAGUAAAAUAUGUAAUGUAUAUAUAAAGGCAUCAUGUUUUGUAUCUGGUAGAAACAUGCCAGAAAUGAGAAUGACAACUUUUUCAUGAAAAUUUAUUACAUGUUGUGAAAUUUAUGGAACUCUUUGUGUAUAUGUAUUUGUAUUUUUUUGUUGUUGUAAAUUGACAAAAAAAUGAAUAAAAUUGCCAUAAUUUUUUAUAGAAAAUCUGGCAACAUGGCUGAUGAGGAAGACACUACCUCAUUGGGAAGAUGGAAAAUAAACACGAAAUUGUUACCAAUCAAGCUGUUUUACUUCUUCAUGAUUGCAGCUGUGGGAGAUCUCUUGCCCUUUAUUCCACUCUACAUGAAACAGAUAGGACUGUCCUCUACCCAGACAGGGAUUAUCUAUGGAUUCAUGCCAUUUGUGGGAUUCAUAAUUCGACCAAUCAUUGGUGCUUUGGCAGACAAGUUUCAGAAGCACAAAUUAGGACUUAUUUUAAGUAUUGGGUUCACUGGAGUUUUCUACAUGUUGAUACUAGUCAUUCCUUCAGAGACUACCUCCUAUGUUUCCGUGGAGACCAAGUUUUCGUGUAAUCAGUAUGAUUCAUACAUCCAUGACUGUUACCAAAAUAAAUCCAAAGAAUGUCCGUUAGGAUUUGAAAAUCUCAUAAAUAGUGUGAACAAGUCGCACCACAAGUCAAACUCCUCCGUACAGAUAAGUAUACAUGGAGGUCAGCAGAAUUCAUCAGCCUCUUACUCCAUCAUUCCAUCUCAUGGGGCGGAUCAGUCUACUCCAACAUUCAGUUGUUCUGUGACUUGUAAGCCAACCACAGCAUUCCCUGGAGAUGUCUGCUUCACAGACCAGGCUGAAUUAGACCUUUGUCUGGGGGAGCACAUCUCACCAGCUAAUUUAGAUUUUAUGAUAUAUGAUAUUCUUAGUUCUACAAGGGAAAUAACUGCUGACCGGCAGAGUGUUGGGGACAUUGAAUGUCGUGAUUUUGCACUGAAUAAUGUAACAAUAGGACAGAGGAAGUACUGGAACAUGUUUUGUAGCCACGAGACAGAGUUCAACUGCCACUUAAAAUGUGACCUUGGCAUGACUGAACAGUGUGUUACCACAUAUGCUCAUGUUAUGAGAGAUAAAUUCAUAUUAUUUCUUGUUAUUUACUUGUUUGCAAACAUUGCGUUUGCCCCGGUGUUGAGUAUGGGAGAUGCUCUUGCAUAUGACAUUUUAGGUGCCAGUCAGCGAGGAAAAUGGGGUAAACAGAGACUGUUCGGAACAAUGGGAUUCAUGCUGUUCGCUUUGUCCUCCACUUUCAUCAUGUACGAGAUCAGUAGCAGCCAAAAAGAGAUAGAUUUUUCCGUGUCGUUUUACAUAUUUGGAGGACUGUGUGGACUGGCCAUGGUGUCUGUCUGGAUGAUGUCCGUCUCGGGAAAUGUCUCUAGUAAAAACAUGAUGGUGCAUUUCUGGAGUGUUUUGAAGCAUCCGGAAAUAGCCAUGUUCUUAAGUGUCAUCUUCUUCUUUGGACUUUGUACAGGAGCCAUAGAGACAUUUCUAUUUUGGUAUUUAGAGGAAGAGACUGAAGGAUACUUUCAAGUCAUUCCAGGAUUCUGCCUGGCCAUUGCCUGCCUCUCAGAGACUGUGCUCCUUUAUGUGUCAGGGACCAUUAUCAAAAGACUAGGUCAUCUGAACUGUAUUUACAUAGUGUUUAUAGCUUAUUCCAUCCGGUUGAUGUCCUAUUCAUUCCUUGAUGGUGUGUAUGGUGUUUUGCCAGUGGAGAUUUUACAUGGAAUCACUUUUGGAAUCAUGUGGGCCUCAUCCACAUCAUAUGCCAGCAUCAUCUCGCCUCCAGGGAUAUCAGCCACUGUUCAGGGACUUCUGGGAGGAAUCCAUUUUGGAUUUGGAAAAGGAGUAGGGUCAUUGUUGACUGGAUGGCUGUAUAAAGAGGUGGGGAUUCGCUGGGCAUGGAGAAUAUACAGCAUUUCUUCUUUGGUCUUUUUGUUCAUCUAUUUCAUCGUUAAUAGAACGGUGUUCACAAAGUCAUCAACAGAAAGGAUAGAGAAUCAAAAGGAACUGGAUGUGAAACAAAGUACAGAAUGUAAUAAAUUAAAUGAAAUAGAGAAACCAGAGACCACUAAUUCAUCAUCAGAACACCCAGAGAGUGAACCAUUGGUUAAUGGUUCAGUGGAGGAUCCAGCUGGGGUGGAUAUCUCCGAUAAAAUAUAGGCAAAACGGGCAAAUCUGUACAUUACACCAUCACAUGUACAAUCAUAUAUGUGGCAUUGGAAUUUAUUGCUAGACAUGUUAAUUGUAGUUUAUGAAAAUGGAUUUGUGCAAGAUUCUUCUGUGCUUUGUCAUACAGCAGUCAAAAUGAUCAAUACAGUACAGUAAUAUAUGGUUAUGAAGAACUUGAGUAUAAUGAAUCAGUACUUAUAACAUGAUUUUCAUUUCCCACUUAUCACUGGCUAUGAAGACAAUUGCAAGUUUAUUGUCUUAUAAGAGUUCAAAAUGAAAAUAAUUUUAUUUUGGCAAACUUGAUUGGAAUUUUAUUGUCAGAAUAAUUUUGGUUUGCAGAAAGCCAAUUUCACAAAGUAGGCUGAAAUUGUCUCAUCAUUGGAGCAGGUUACAGUGCAGGCAUGGAAUAAGUGCUAUCUCCUGCCACUCUCACAAUACAAUGAAUUAGAAAUUACAGUACCCAGUAUAAUUUUGUUACAGUAUAUUUAGUUUUUAGGUCACUUUGGUGACUUAUUGUGAUUCAUGAAUGUCCUUCGUCCAUAGUAAAUUAUAUGAACAUUUUUUUUAAAUACUAUAGAAUCAAGUUUCCCCAGAUUUUGUAUGUAACAUCUAUUGGAAAAUCGAACAAGCCAAUAUCAUAGUCCCUGCUCUUUAUGGCCCGAGGUGUGUGACCAAAAUUUGAAGAUUUCUAUAGACAUUCUUUUUUCCCCACUGAUUUUAUAUAAACAUAUAGAUUAGGUGGAUAUCAGUGUUUAUAAUGAACAUGGAGGCCUCUACUAAGACUUUGAAAUUCAUGGGCCCGGUCCCUGGGUUUGACUAUUAGGACAAAUCUUUAAAAAUCUUCUUACUCCUGAAUAUCCAGCAAACAAUGUUGGUGCAUAGUUUUUAAGAAGGUUGGGUCUUUAGCUUUAGAUGAUAUAACUGUGCAGCUAAUAGUUCAUCUAACUGUGCAGGUACUAAUAAACUUUCUUGUCCCUUAUAUAUUAUAAAUACUCAACCCUAUUCUGUUGGAAUUUUUUAUGUCAAUUCUAAUUUUAAAAGAGUUUGGAAGGGUUCUUUAUGGUAGUAGUUACUUUGUAAUGGAGAGGAAAUAGUUCAUAUAUGGCACAAAGAUUGCUUUUCACCAAAUACGAAGUCAGGAUCCUGAACCAAAGGUCAUUUAGCAAAGGUCAAUGACACCGAUAGAAUAAAAGUUAGAGCAAGUUGUUUAGGUCAUAAUUUUGCCAUGAAAAAACAUUAAUUAUCACUUUUGAUCAGAAAAUAUUGAAAACAUCUACUUCCCAGAGUUUGAAUGAUUCUCUCCGGCACCAUUAACAUUAGUGAUGAAACGACUGUCGCCGACAAUCGAUUGUCGAUCAUUUUUAGCUCUUCGAUUCUGAUUAUCGAUUCUAUUUUUCAUAAUCGAUUGUCGCCUGUACACUAAUUAAUAUCUAAUCCGAGAUUCAUCUGACUGUUACUCCCGCUUUUAUAUUGAGACAUGUGCGGGGGAGAGUCAGAGUGGACUCCACAUUGAAAAUUGGGAAUUCAGUAACACCAGCUAGUGUGUAUACUGCACAGAUCCAUGAAAAUAAAUAGAAAUAACUCCAAAAAUAAUAAACAUUAUUAACUACAUGUAAAUACCGAUUAUAUCAAUCAUUGAUUGAACAGUUCUUUCGAUUAUGACUGAUUAUCGAUUAUGAAAUUUUCCUAAUUUUUCCUGAUUUUUCAACACUAAUUAACAUUGGAUUGUUUCUUGAUAUGAUAUUCAGAUGGCUGUGAUGGCUUAUGGCGCUCUAAUAUCUGUGAUAAUAGGGAAAGUCUUAAUUCUUGUUGAGGGGACCUAUGCCUUUAUAGUACUGAUAUCACAGUCGAGUAAAAAAAAAUUUGAGUGCAAGUUUCUUUUUUUAACUUGCAUUGGAUAAACUUCGUGAAGGAAAACCUGUUCAAUAUUCUUUUUUUAUUAGUAAGAUUUAUAGACCAGUGAAUAAAAAUAGAUGUUUUGUCAUUUUUAUACGCCUCUUUUUUGACAGGACAUAUGAUGGUAAAGAGUUUCCUGUCCGUCUGGUAGCUUGAUCAUGUUCAGGUGAUGAGGCCUAACACACUUCACAGUCAGUUGAUGCAGCUUUGUGUGUGUGUGUGGGGGGGGGGGGGGGUAACUGUGGCCUCCUUCUGGAAUUUUAUAGUUUUAGAUAUUGAAACCAUGUCCAGAUCAUAUUUUACACACUGUGAGGUGUAGGACCUUCAAAUUUGGUCAGUUGAUGUAUUUUGUGGGGAAGGUGUGUCUUGAACCAAAAGUAGGUUACUGUGGCCUCUUUCUGGAAUUUUAUGGUUAUACAUAUACAAAUCAUGUUCUCAUUAUAUCUGAGGCCUAGGACUAUCAAACCAGGUCAGUUGAUGCAAAUUGGAAGGAAGGUGUGUUACAAACCAGAUAUAGGUCAUUGUGGUCUCCUUUGGGAAUUUUAUAGCUGUAUAUUUAUAUUACAAAUCACAUUUUCCUCUAUGAACUUACCAAUUUCAGUGCGCGACACAAUCCGUUGAUAUUGACUAUGAACGGAUUAUGAACUAGUUUAAAGUAUGUGACUGAGAAAGCGUAAUGAUUAGAAAAAAUACAACAUGUGUUACAAAGAUCUCGCAAGUCACACCUCGGAUUAAGAUUGUGAACUUAUGUGGAUUAUCAUCCCAAUAUUGCGGUCUCCUAGCUCCAAAAUACAGUGCACCGUGCAAUGUUGAUAAAAGGCAGGGUGAGACAAAGUGUGACAUCAUGUCUGUGUUGACGUACGUCACAAUACGACUAUGACUAGAAGUUCGUUUUAUGCAACAACAAAAAAGCAAUGUAAACAAACAGUGAUUUAGUAAAUGAAUAUAAAUAUAAGAAAUGAAUAGCACUUUAGAGCUGUUUGUGGUCAAUAUGAAUGGAUUUGGAUUUGAGGCAAAUUCUCUGUGAAUAGCUAGUGCGAUUCACAGAAUUUGCCUCAAAUUCAAAUCCGUUCAUACUGACCAUGAACUGUUCAAAAGUGCUAUUCAUUUCUUAAAUAUACUCAAAUCAUGUCCAGAUCAUAUCCUUUGCACUGUGAUGCCUAAGACUAUCAAACUUAGUCAUUUGAUGCAUCUUUGGGGGAAAAGGUGUGUCAUGAACUAAAAUUUGGUCACUGUGGCCUCAUUUUGAAAAGUAGGCAACUGUGCCUCAUAUUUUGAUUCAAUUGGCAGUGUCAAAGCUUGUGAUUUCAAGCAUGCAAACAUAGAUAUACAUGUAGUUGUAGAUGGGUGUAUCAUGUACCCUGUUGUGAGUGGUGCUUUAUAUUUCAGUACUGUACUAGUCAAGCUUAGACUUUAUACAGGUUUCUAAGCAGUGUAACUGUCAAUCUAAUAUUUUAUGAAAAUUUAGGAAAGAUUUUUUGUUAUUUUUUUAUGUUUUGAUUGGGGGGGGGGGGGGGUGUAUAGCAGUUAGAGAAAAUUAUUGUACCAACACUUUAAUUGAUUGUUUCUACCGAUGUAUGUUUAUUUUUUUAUUCUACAUAUAAUUUUCUACACAGGGAAAUAGUUCAUAUGUGAUAUGUCUGUAUAUUUUUCAUGAAUAGUAGUACCAACAGUUUGUUUUAUGAAUUUGAAAAUUUCAAUGCAACUGUUUUACAAAAACUUCAAUGAAACUGUUUUAUUUCCCAAAAUGAGUUGUUUGUCACAUUAUGUACAUUAAACAUUUAAUUUAAUGUUUGUAUACAAAAUCAUGACCUUUGUUUGUUACAAUUAGUUAAUAUUAAUGGACAACAGAUAGUGACACUGUCAGGGUAGUAGUUCUAUCUCUUAUUGCUGUAUGUCUAACGUCAUCUUAUAGUGUUUACUAUUGAUAUACAUAAAUCAUACUCUGUUGUGUAGCCACAACAUUUAAACUCCCCAUGACAAUAGAGACAUACCAUACCCUAUCAUGGAUUCGGGUCAGUAUAUUUCUUGUUUUGAUCAGUAACCUUUCAUGUCAAUAUUGCAGUGUAGAUGCUUUUCUUUGGCAUUGUAUGUUUCAUUUUUACAGUAGUCUAAUGAAUUUUUGUACUAUUUUUAUAAUAUUUUUCUAACCCAUAAUUGUAUUGAUAUUUUCUCUGGACACAAAGAAUUAUAUUUCAUAUUGAAAUGUUAGCUAUAAUGGCAUUACUGAAAGGAAACAUAUUGAGCAUUGAUGAUACACAUUCCUUUUUACACCAAAAAUUAAUAUAUAAGCUAGGUUGUAUUUGAGGAACUUUUUUUUGAACUUUUAGUUUUCAUUCCAUUUUAGUAUAUUUUUCCUAAAACAAUUUGCGUAUGGAGUGAUACAUUGUAUGAGGCAGAUGUGUUUUGAGUUUUGUUUAGACUUGAAAAUAUAUUGUGAUGCAAAAUCCAUUUCUGGUUUUUUCACUUGUUCACAGACACUACAAAGUAAGGGUGGUUGAGGCAAUUACUAGAACAAUAAAAACUAAAUAGGUCAUUGAAUUAAUCUGACUUAUACAUAUGUUGUUUAUAAACUUAGGUUACCUGUCCUUUUAUAUAUGUGCUUACAAUCCAUUAAAAUCUAUUUCUUUUUGUAUGUUAGAAAUUUGCUUGUGGAAAUUAGGAUUUUUCAGCGAAAAUUGUCACAAUAUGUCAGUUAAGAUGAUAGUGCUGACUCUAUUCAAUUUACAUGUACAUAUAGCAUUUAGAAAACUUCCUUUGAUAUGUUACAUAACACCUUGCAAUCACCUUGAAAUUGGGCAAAGGUUAGACUAUAACAUAGCUCCAAACGGGUGAAUGCAGAAUAGGAUGAAUAUAAAAUGUGGGAAAUUGUAGAGUUUAGGCAAAAAUACCACAAGGAAAAAUUUCUAUGAACAGGUUUCAAAGAUAAAGGAAUCUUGAAAAUCAGUAGAGUAACAAAGAAAUGUUCAGUAUUUUUCAAAUCUGAUUGUUUGCUGUACAGUCAGUGUUCACAGUAUAGCAUUUAACUCACUGGUCCCUUGGACCAGUAACCAUUCAAAAUUACUGGUCCUGAACCAGAUUUGUAUGUCCUUUGGUGACUCAACAAGGCAGGCAUCUUGAGUAUAGGCCUCCUAGCUCAUUCACAAGACAAUUUUCUCAGGAAAUUUGAAGCCAUAUCUAUUUACUUUUUAACCUGAUCUAUUAUGGGUGAAGGCAACCAAACAAUUUCUUUCUAGGCACAACAGACAGGCUAUAUGUUGUUAAGUUUAUCUGUCCUCUAGAUAAUGGGUCGGUCUCUGGCUGAUAGAUGGGUAUUAGGGUCGAAUACUGUAUGCAGUUCAUGCAUGGUAAAUUCUUCUCAUUUUUGCUCUAACAUAUUCAGUAUUUUGUCUUUUGUGAUAAUUUGAACAGUUUAGAUGUAAUAUUUGACCAAUUAUUUAUAUACAUGCCAUCUCUUAUUUCUUACUCAAGAUUUAGGUGACAGUAUAUUGUUUCAGAAUAUUUUUACAAUGAUCACGCAAUAAUAACAUGAAAGUUGUGAAUUUCCUAUUUAUAUUAUUUUGAUGGAAAUCUUGGCCAAGAGAACCAUUCUUUGAAUGAAUCUUAUUUGAAUAUUUAUCUCCAUCUAAGUUGUUGAGCGAGAUUUUUUCAUUCCUUCAUCUUCACUCCAGUCACAAAAGGUUAGUGUAGUGACCCAAAGGAUGGUUUGUACAGUGUACAAUCUAGAGUCGGUCUUGCACCUCCUGUCUGGUUUUGUACUGGUUGUGUAUCGCUCCCUCUUAAUUUAAAUGCGUAUGUCAAAGUGAAAGUAGUGUGUUCUACCAGGUUUCAUUUUCACUGUUGUGGCUUUACUAGUUUGGUACUGUGGAAUCAUUUGAAUUUGUGAGAGGGAGGGUAAUAAAUGUUUAAUUUUCAGUUCUGUUGAAAUGUAAUAUGUGAGAGGGAGGGUAAUAAAUGUUUAAUUUUCAGUUCCGUUGAAAUGUAAUUUGUGAGAGGGAAGGUAAUAAAUGUUUAAUUUUCAGUUCUGUUGAAAUGUAAUUUUGAGGUUAUGGUUUCUGUGCACUGAAACAUGUAUUUCUUUGUGGUUUGAAAUUUGUUGGAGAUGGGUACCCACAAAAAUUGAAUUCCCACGAAAUUUAAUGAUUUCACAGUAUUUGAUCAAUUGCUCAUGUGCGAUUGUAAUAUGGAGUAAUAAAUUGACUUAAAAGUGAC